UUUCCAGGAAGACCUAUCACUCCUAUGGUGUAAAUCUUUACACUGCUCAUUUUCCAAGAAAAUUAAUCCCUUCACUCAAUCCUCUAAACAUUAACACCGCCAUACUCUUCUCUCGUUCUUCAUAUCAAUCUAUUAUGGAGCGUUCUGGGUAUGGAAAAGAUGGAAUUUUCAGAUCACUUAGACCAUCUUUAACGAUACCCAAAAUUCCAAAUCUUAAUAUGGUUUCAUUUCUUUUCAGAAACAUGGAUUCUUACUCAGAACAACCUGCCUUGAUUGAUUCCACUUCUGGGGAAACUUUGAAUUUCUCCCAGUUCAAAUCCAUGGUUGCUAACCUUUCUAAUCGAUUAACCCAGUUAGGUAUUCAAAAAGAGCAUGUUGUUCUUAUGUUUGCCCCAAAUUCUGUUCAAUACCCAGUAACCUUUCUGGGUAUAAUUGCAACUGGUGCUAUUGCAACUACUGUAAACCCUAUUUACACUGUUUCUGAAAUCAAAGAACAGGUUGAGGAUUGUAACCCUAAAUUGAUUGUAACAGUUCCUGAACUUUGGGACAAAGUCAAGGGUCUAAAUUUACCUGUUUUGAUCAUAGGGUCUAAAGAAAAUGGAAAGAUUGAUUCAAAUUCAAAUACUCCUACUUUCUAUUUUUGGGAUUUGGUUAAUGGGGAUUAUGUGGAUUUCCCAAAAGUUUCAAUAAAACAAAAUGAUACUGCUGCACUUUUGUAUUCAUCUGGUACUACUGGUGUAAGUAAAGGAGUGAUAUUGACUCAUAAGAAUUUCAUUACUGCCUCAUUAAUGAUAAUAAGUGAUCAAGAAUUUGAAGGGAUUGUUCAUGAAGUGUUCAUGUGUGUGAUUCCAAUGUUUCAUGUGUUUGGAUUGUCUGUGAUUUUGUAUGCUCAGUUGCAGAAAGGUAAUACUGUUGUGUGUAUGCCGAAAUUCGAUUUCGAGAUGAUGUUGAAAGCUAUUGAGAGGUAUAGGGUUACUAGAUUGUGGGUUGUUCCUCCAAUUAUGCUUGCAUUUGCAAAACAUAUUGCUGCUAAGAAGUAUGAUCUUUCAUCUUUGAAGCAUAUUGGUUCUGGGGCUGCUCCUCUUGGGCAGGAGAUAAUGCAGGAGUGUUCUAAAAAUGUACCUCAGGCUUUGAUUAUUCAGGGGUACGGAAUGACAGAAACUUGUGGAAUCAUCUCUAUAGAGCACCCAAGACUAGGAGGUCGACAUUCUGGUUCAAUCGGAUUACUGGUUCCUGGUAUUGAAGCUCAGAUAGUUAAAGUCAAUACAUUAAAGCCUCUUCCGCCUAAGCAACUGGGUGAAAUAUGGGUCCGUGGGCCUAAUAUGAUGAAAGGUUAUUAUAAUAAUCCAAAAGCCACCAAGUCAACUAUUGAUGAUCAAGGCUGGGUACAUACAGGAGAUCUUGGGUAUUUUGAUGAGGAAGGGCAACUUUAUGUGGUUGACAGACUCAAAGAACUCAUUAAGUACAAAGGUUUUCAGGUUGCACCAGCAGAACUCGAAGCAGUUCUUCUUUCACAUCCUGAAAUUCUAGAGGCUGCUGUGAUCCCUUUCCCUGAUGAUGAAGCAGGUGAAGUUCCCAUCGGAUAUGUGGUUCGAUCACCUAAAAGUACCUUGACCGAACAAGAUGUCAUGAAGUACGUAGCAGAUCAGGUUGCACCUUAUAAGAGAUUGAGGAAUGUAACGUUUUUAAGCACCAUCCCAAAGUCGGCUUCAGGAAAACUUCUAAGACGAGUACUGAUAGAAAAAUCUCGAUCUAAGCUGUAACGUUGUACUAUCAAUUUGUUUUGUUUUCGGGGACAAUCUUUUCUCCACUGCUGGAAGAAGAGCUACAAUUCGACAAAUAUUCUGCGGGUGUUGCGAUCAACUGAAGGCUGAAGCUUGAUACUGUAUGUUAGCUCUAUCAGUUAAAACAAACAGAGUGGUCUUUGAGGGUGUGCGAGGUGAUCGACCGCAUAGAGCUCCUCUUUCUCCCGUAUAUAAAAAAGUUAAUAAAAAAAGUAAUAUGUUAAAUUUAUUUAUAAAAAAUUAAUUUACUAUAAAUAAGGCGUAAAAUACUGGGUAUACUUUACAUGUGUUAGAAAACUAGUUCAAUAUUUUCUCCUAUUGUUGUAAAAUAUCUUACAACCCUGAGCUUCAACAUCAAAUCUUUUUGGUAAACUAUCAUUGGCUUAUCGAUCCACCUAAAGUACGGAUACCCUCUAAUAUUUGUGUACACAUCAUAGUUAUGAGUUAGAACUCCUGAAAUUUCUAUGAACUUUUUAUUAUGGGUUAUGAGAGACUGUCUUUUAGUAAAGCUACUUCAAUUAAGAAGUUUAUAUUCUCAUAUUAUGUAUUAGUCAAUGUAUAAAGCACGUUUCUCGGUGAAACCAUCUCAUACAAUAAUUUGUAUAUGUGUUAUUGGAUUACGUGAUGUCAAAUUGGUUAUGACAUCGAUAAGCCGCCAACAUAUGCAAUCUCUAAUUAUUAGGUCCAGAAAUAAAUGAGUUUGAUGAUGAAUCUUGAAGAUGUCUUACUUUAAUCGAACUAAAAUCAAGAGGUUUUCAGUGGUUCUAUAUCAAUAAACCGAUAAGUGUUUGGAAGAAUUAUAAAUUUUAUUUAAAAAAUUCGGAUUGUAAGAGUUUUUAUUGUUAGAAAUACUAAAUUACUCGGUUUUAUAAAAAACAUUUGUUAG